CCUGACACUGACAGACCUGAGCCGCCCCCACCGUCGAGGUGCGGCACUCCACUUGUAGGCGGCUUGAUGCAACUACAACUACACCUAAUCCAGCUCAAAGAACAUUAAACCCGCUUUGCCCAAGCUUGCCCAAAAUUCAAUUCAACCUCCAUUCCCUAAACAUUUAAAUCCAUUUAUUUAUUUUAAUUGCCUUGCUGCAGACUGCCGUUUCUCGCAGGCUCUUUGACCGUUGGAGGGUCCCGCAUGUCUCAUCUCUGGUCCUUCCAAUUAACAGCCCAACCCAUCCAUCUACUCCUCCGCAUCCAUGCCAACGGAUCUUAAUCCGGGCGAGCGGAAAGGGAGACGAGUCCAGUCCAGGACCAAAAAGAUGCGGCAGCAAACAAAACAACCCGCGCACACCACCCACAGACUUGCUCUUUUGUCGUGAGCACGCUGAAUCUCGGCAAAGGAGGCCGGCCGCUUGUCUUUUUUUUUCUUUGCUUUUUUUGCUUGGCUACUUUUGCUACACCCUAUAAUUUUAAUGCCUUGCGCCAAUUCGUUAUUCCCGGUCAUCAGCAUACUGGGAAUUACACAACAAUGGCGUCCAAACCAUGGAUAGUCGAGAUUUGCUCGAGGGAUGUUUCCAGCCUUGAGCCCAAGGGCACCACAGUCAAAAACAACAACACCAAAAUGCCGCCAGUGGUGGUCUCCCAGCAGCCUCCAAAGCAACCAAAGACGACCAGCUCAUUCUCGCGCCUGUCCGAGACGUACGAGACCACCUUUCCAGCAAUGCGCCUGUUCGCCGCCGACGCCAUCUCCCUGGCGCCGCCCAUCACGUCUUCUUCCGUCGUGCACGACAACGGCUGCGGCCCGGGCAUAGUGACGGCCGAGGUCCUGGCCCGCUGCUGCGGCGGUCACGACAAGCAUCCCAAACGCCAGCACCACUUCUCCUUCCUCCCCGCGCAGGCUCCCCCGCGGAUAGAGGCCACCGACAUAUCACCCGCCAUGACGAGCGCGGCCGCCCGGCGCGGCCCGUCGGUCCGCGCCCAGGUCAUGGACAGCAGGCACCUGGCGGGCCUCGACGACGGCGUCUUCUCGCAUUCCUUCUCGGGCUUCGUGGUCCUGGGCAUGUCGACCGCCGACGGCGCCCGCGUCGUCUCCGAGAUGCGCCGCACCCUCCGGCCCGGCGGCACGGGCGUGCUGACGGCGUGGGCAGAGCUGGGCUACGUGGAUCUCUUUGCGAGCGUGGCGCGGGCGGCCAAGCCCGACGCCGAGGUGGACACGUCGCGCGCCGUCGUGAGCGAGCGCGGGCUGCGGGGGAUGCUGGAGCUGGGCGGGUUCUCGUCGACGCGGUCGUCGCCGUUCGGCAUCAAGAUGGGCGGCAGCAUUGGCAAGUCCCGCCUGGCGCGGGUGAGGAGCAGGGCCAAGCUCGCCGACGACGGCCCCAGCGCCGUGGUGGAGCUCAGGAGCAUCACGCGCUCCUUCCCCUGGGCGCUCUGGACCACUCCGGCAUACGACCAGAUCCGCCGGAGCAUGUGCGAAGGUUACACGGGAGCCGGCUGGAGCAGGCAGGACAGGGACCGCCUCGACGCCCUGCUGGCCGACCGCAUCAGGCGCCUUGCCGAGCACGGAGAAGUAUAUCACAUGACCUCCUGGGUUGCCGUGCUCAGGAAAUGAUGACCCCAUCGCAGUGGUCUGCUUGGGUCGGGACUGGCAUUUCUGGCGAAUAUCCCCCCUGCAGCAGCGCCCUGCCCAUCAAAGGGACCUUGUCCGGAAAGUUUGCUCCCAAUGGUCAUGCAGGCUUGGAUCGUCCGGUCUAGCGUCUGAUCAUUCAACCGGGGCAAACUCUAAUUUAAGGCGAAUGCAGUUCUUUCAAUCCGAGAAAGAAGAACGCUCCCGCGCAUUCAAACGUCUCGACGCAUGCGAGUUCGCCAUACCAUCUGAGCAAAAAAAAACCCCCCAAAAAGUGUCCGACCAAGCCACGUUUUCGUAUGCAAUUACGCAUGCAAGCACGCAGCUGGGUCCCCCCCCCCCCCCCCCA